AUGUGCAGCAAAUGCCCCUUUGUCUCCUUCCUCUUCACACCGCUUCUUUAUACAAGUUUGUAUGUGCCGAGGAAAACAGUGAACGCUCGGUUAGUUCCACGCCCAAAUAAGCCCCACUCGGCUCACUCGCUCAAACGUCUCCGCGAGCCACAAACAUCACACCAAUCCCGUCCGCCGAAGACGCCGUGCUCCUCCAAACGCUAUCCCCCAGUGAAAUACGCCACCUUCGUCCAAUCCCUGCCAUCACCCCCUCUCCCUCUUCGCCCUCCAAAACGGCCUUUCCCUGCUCCCCCUGUCCCACUCUCUCAUCCCUUCGCGAUACAUCUCCAUCCGCAUCUCAUCAACUUCCGCUGCUACCUCAUCAACAACUUCCACCCCUGCGCACCCCACCCUAACCAUCUCAACCAGCUCGUCGUGCAGACGUCCUUCUGCGAACCCACGCUCUGGUGGCCGCGGCCUCUCCCCCACAAACCGCUCGCAAAACCCCUCCACCUCUCCAACUAA